GCGCCCGGCCGCCCGCGGGCCCGACGCGUGCGGGAUCAAAGCGGCCGGGAAGGGGCGGCGCGGGGAGGUGUCAGGGCCCUGGAGGUGUGAGCGAGCUUCCCAGCGGACGGCCGGAGCGUGGGAGCGCAGAGUCCCGGAGUCCGCCAGAGACCUGGAGAGACGACGAGAGACUCGGGGACCCGGAGAGGAGCCUCGAAGACCCGGAGCGGCCCUGAGACAGAGACGCGGGGAGACAACUAGAGACCGGGAGACACUCAAGGGGUCGAGACUCGGGGAGACCCGGAGAGAACGUGAGAGGUCCAGAGAGGCACAGAGACGCCAGGAGACACUCAGAGACAGGGAUAAGCGGCGAGACAAAAAGGUGGAGCCCAAGGGACACAGAAAAAGAAAGCGCGCGUCAGAGAGAAUCAACAAUGAGAGGGAGGAAGAGAAAUGGAAAGAAGAGCUGGGGACCUAAGACCUCGCCCCGCCCCCGCGCAGGGCCCUGAGGCCCCCCGGGGCAGGGACCGGCGCUCCCUGUCCUUUCUCAGGGUCACCCCUGUGGAGGUGCGGGGCCGGGGGCGGAGGGGGGUGUCGAGGCAGUAGGACUCCCAGGGUGGGAGGAGGGGAGUGUGAGGAAGUACGGAAUCAGGGAAUAGAUUGCCUCAAACUCUGCGAUGCAAUCAAAGUUAAACCCAAAUAUUAAUAUUUGGUAGAAAUAUUAAACAAAGACACUUUUUAGGAACACCAUCAAAUUUAUUAUUGGAUGUUUACGGGAGAAAAAAGGAAAACUUACGUGAUGCAUUGGCCGGGAAUCGAACCCGGGCCUCCCGCGUGGCAGGCGAGAAUUCUACCACUGAACCACCAAUGCAUUCAGGGACUGAGUUUUCGUUGGCUAUACCCAAGCCUGUGAGAGGAUGCGCCGGCGGUGGCCAGAGGAGCGGUGUAGGCUGGGUGCUCAGGCAAGUGGCCUACUGGUUGACGUGGGUGGAGCGCCAGGCCAUUUUUCCUCCCUCCCGGAUCCGGCCGCCUGGCCAUAAACCUGCCCCAUAUGGCCAGGGGCGGCCCCACACCCGGGUGCGAACAGACUGGGGCCCCAAGCCUCGAGUGCAGGGUCAGUGGGAGUACAGUGACUUCCUCAAGAAAGCUGCAAUUCUGGGGCAACUCGGACUCUGGACUCUGCUGCACUUCAUCCUGAAGUUGAGUUUUGUCCUCCAAACCACUCGAAAUUCCUUCCUUUCCCCCUAAUAGCCUCCUCCCUUCAGCUGGGUCCCGUCUUAUUAUACAGUCUUACGGUCCUUAAACCAGCCGGUACCCCAUUCGCCCACAUUUCCCACACUCCCAGGCCCAGCCUGGGGUCAGUUCCGCUAUUUCCCCUCCCCCUCCCACUCCUCCCCUUUCCGGGAGACUCCUGUCCGGGCACCGCCGGGUGGGAUGCGGGUGCCGAAGGGGGCGGGGCCCGGGUCCUACCCUCCGGACCCGGGCGCCUGCGGGAUAUAAGGCUCAGGGCGAGCGGGGACCCCGUCCACACCGGGGUCCGGAGGAGCCAUGGUCACACGGGAUCGAGCCGAGAAUAGGGACGGCUCCAAGGUGAGAGGCGGGAGGGAGGGAGGGUGCAGAGGUCCCGGGACGGUUUGGAGACCCAUGCCCUGAGACCGUGGAUCAGGGAAGAGGCUGCGGACGCCAGCCUGGAGUGGGAGAGGUGCCAGGGAGACCCGAGGAGCCAGGACUGGGGAAGAAGCUGCGAAAUAUGAGGAAGGGGAGAGGACAGAGCAGGACCUAUGGGCCGCAGAAGCAGGGUUCUGGAGACUUGGGUAAUGGGGGGUCGACACUCCGCGACCUGGAGGGAGCGGGAGGGGGCCGGAGUUGGAGUAAAAUACUCCAGAGGAGGACGGAGCCAAGCAAUGAGGGUUGGGGCGGGGGAAGCGGAGAGAAUAGGCGCUCACUCCACACCGGCCAUGAAUCGGAAUCCACCCGACGGCGACGGGUUUGGUUUGGUUUGGUUUGAUUUUCCACGCGGGCAGUGAGCCAGACCUGGCCCAAGCCCUGCUGGUAGGGAAGACCCGGGGGCAUUGAUCCCUGAGGCCCGGGACUGGGUGGAAGAUUUUAGGAGAACCAGUGGAGAUGAAUGACCGCACAGACCGGUUAGAGGGGGAAGAGGAGGCGCGGCCGCGCUGGGUAUCUCCUUUUCUACUCAGGGCCGCCAGCUCUGGGUCCGGCACCGCGUGGCGCACUUGCCUGGGUGCAAAGCAGGUCCCCAGAGUUCUCCACUGAGACAGAGAGAGACUGCACAAGACGGAAACAUAGAGAUAAAAGAGGAGCAGGAGAAGGAGAGACACAGAGGGGAGGAGGGAGGACGAGACGGAGAGAGGAGAAUGCAGACGACCCGGGAGAGAGGAGGCGAGCUACAGAAACUGACCCUAGGGCCGUUGGGAGGGGGAGCGGAAGGGGAACCGCUGGGCUGGGCCCCAAGCUCCCUGGGUCUUGGGGAUGGGGAGGAGGGGGGCUCUCCCAGCGACGGGAUGCCGACGCCUUGCCACUGCGCUGAGCCUUGGUCCGGUGGACCCGCUGUCCCCUUCCCGCUGGUCGCAGAUGCUAAAGCCGCUUGUGGAGAAGCGGCGCCGGGACCGCAUCAACCGCAGCCUGGAAGAGCUGAGGCUGCUGCUGCUGGAGCGGACCCGGGACCAGAACCUCCGGAACCCGAAGCUGGAGAAGGCGGAGAUACUGGAGUUCGCCGUGGGCUACUUGAGGGAGCGCAGCCGGGUGGAGCCCCCGGGGUUCCCCCGGUCCCCAGCCCAGGACGCCGAGGCGCUCGCCAGCUGCUACUUGUCCGGCUUCCGCGAGUGCCUGCUCCGCCUGGCGGCCUUCGCGCACGAAGCCAGCCCGGCCGCCCGCGCCCAGCUCUUCUCCGCGCUGCACGGCUACCUGCGCCCCAAGCCGCCCCGGCCGGAGCCGGUCGAUCUCAGGCCCCCGGCACCGCGCCCAUCGCUGGACCCCGCCGCCCCGGCCCCUGGCCCCGCGCUGCACCAGCGCCCCCCAGUGCACCAGGGUCCCCCUAGUCCGCGCUGCGCCUGGUCCCCGUCCCCCUGCUCCCCCCACGCCGGGAAUCCCGGCGCGCCGGCGCCCCUCACCGGACUGCUGCCGCCUCCACCGCCGCCUAAUAGACAAGACGGGGCGCCCAAGGCCCCGCCGCUCCCGCCGUCCGCUUUCUGGAGACCUUGGCCCUGAGUUUUGGGGGAGUAAGGGCGGGGGCUGGGGUGGGGUAGAGACUCCAGCCCGAGGGCAGCAGAGGGACCCGGGCGUCCGGGAGAGGAGGUGUUGGGGAGGGCAGCGGGGCGCGCGGGCACAGCGUGCGGGUGAGAUUGUGGUCUAUAUUAGAGUAUCUAUAUAAAUAUAUAUUUCCCUGGUUCCUGUCCCUUUUCCCUGCCCUCCUCCUCCGUCUAGGAUUGUACCCUCUCUGACCCCGGCCCAGUCUCAGCCCCUUCCCUAAGUCCCUAGUGCAUGGAAUAAAGUGGUUAUUGAAUCCCGGUGUGUCCCCGAGCCUGGGGCCUGCCUUUAUCUCGGCGUCCACGCCCACUUUCCCUCCCUCUCUGUCCCCCAUCCCGUCUUGCUCUUCUUGGCCCAAGCUCCAGGGCAGACAGGUAAGUAGAGAGCGGAGUGGAGACUGAGGUUGCAACAGGUGGAAAAACGCUAAGAUAGGGUAGGAAGGAGAGGAGAUACAGGAGCCUUUGAGAGAAAAUCGGAUAAAAAGGAAAGGAAAACAAGCAAAAUAAAACCGACUCUGGUGGGAUUCGAACCCACAACCUUUGAAUUGCUCUUUUCGUCUCUAGAAGUCCAAUGCGCUAUCCAUUGCGCCACAGAGCCACCUAGCGAGCGGCGUCGUCCUGCGCCUUACCGG